GGCAAGGACGCUGCUCGGCCGUUUCUCCCCUCCUCAACCGACAAAAUGGCGGCGAGGAAACUACAACAAGAAGUCGACAAGUGCUUCAAAAAGGUGGCGGAAGGCGUCGCCGAGUUCGAGGCCAUCUACGAGAAGAUCGAGCAGUCAAAUAACCCGGCCCAGAAGGAGAAGCUGGAAGACAACCUCAAGCGCGAGAUCAAGAAGCUGCAGAGACUGCGCGACCAGAUCAAAACAUGGGCUGCCAGCAACGACAUCAAGGACAAGGCGCCCUUAUUGGAGCACCGAAAACUGAUUGAGACUCAAAUGGAAAAGUUCAAGGCCGUGGAAAAGGCCAUGAAGACCAAGGCGUAUUCCAAAGUGGGACUCGAAGCCGCCGCGAAACUAGAUCCCAAAGAACAGGCCAAGGUCGAGGCCUGCGAAUUCCUCAGCAGCAUGGUCGAUGAGCUGGAGCUGCAGAUCGAGACGCUCGAAGCCGAGAACGAGUCUAUACAAGCCACCCUGAAGAAGGGCAAGAACAAGACUGCCCAGGAGACCCGCAUGGCCGAGAUCGAUCAGAUCAUCGAGAGGCAUAAAUGGCAUCAAGGCAAGCUGGAGCUGAUUCGAAGAACACUGGAGAAUGGCGGCAUCGACACGGAGCAGGUCAACGCCCUUGAGGAGCAGAUUCGCUACUAUGUGUCCGACGGCAUGAACGAGGAUUACAUGGAUGAUGAGGAAAUCUACGACGAGCUCGACCUGGAGGAGGAGGAAGGCGUCUUCGGAAUGGGCCAGGACACCGAGAAGAACUCCUCCCAGGACACGCAGUCCAUACAAGAUGACGUCCACGAGAUCGAACCGCCGUCCAAGCCGAGGAAAGCCGCCAAGGAUACCGAUUCCACGACGUCGUCGACACGGGCAAAGUCCGCGCAGUCCAAGUCUCCCUUACCGGCGCUGGCGACGCUUCAUACCCCGCUGUCUACAAUAGGGGCUGGGGGCAGCGGCAGCCCUGCCAUGAAGCCUGCCUCCAUCCCCGCGCGGCCGGCAGGGGAGGGGCUCAAGUAUGCGUCCGCCGCUGCCGCCGCCGCCGCCAGCGACAAGAACAAUGUGGGCAUCGCUCCUCUACCGCCGCCACCUGGAAUCAAUGUCGGUAUCUCGCCGCUACCCCCUGCGCAGUCCAGAACAAGUGCCACCAACUCUCCCGCCGUCUCGUUCGUACAGCCCGCCCAGGCAUCGUCGUCACAACCCUCCGAACCCAAGCAGCCUGCUCCUGCCGCUGCUCCCGUACCCGCACCUACACCUAAGUCCAAGGCUUCAGGGAAGCAGCCGGCUACCUCAGAGGCAUCAUCAUCCGAGUCUCAAAACGCCCCUCCACAAACCAACGGACCUCCCAAUGGAUCUACUAAUGGUGUCAAGAACGCUGCGGAAGAACGUGAAGAGGAGUCCAUCUACCAUCUACCUGCAUCCUUACAAGAUCUUGUCGACUCUUACGAGACAGCGCGGAAGCGGCCAUAUCAGCCGCUGUCACAGUCCACGCUAAACCUGCUGAGGGCGAGCGCACAAAACUAUCCGAGUGCAUUUGAGGCUGAUAUUCCGCGGACAUAUCGUCCGGACCUGCCCGUCCCGCAAACCGGUUCCGGAUUCCCCACGCAGCCGCUGCCCAUAUUUGACGAUCCCCGACUUUACUCGAGGAUCGAUCCCGACACGCUCUUCUACGUUUUCUACUACAAGCAAGGAACGGCACAGCAAUACCUGGCGGCCAAGGCGCUGAAAGACCAGAGUUGGCGGUUUCAUAAGCAGUACCAGACCUGGUUCCAGCGACACGAGGAGCCCAAGAAUAUCACCGAAGAAUUUGAGCAGGGCACAUACCGGUUCUUUGAUUACGAGAGCACUUGGAUGAAUCGAAGAAAGGCGGACUUCAAGUUUGCUUACAAAUUCCUCGAGGAUGACAUCUAGGA